UUAGAUUCUAGAUCUAGAUAUCUAGAUGCAAUGUUCGUGAUGCAGUCAGGGGUAAUUCAGAGUUUUCAACUUCUCAACAAGAUGAUAUGUCAAUGUAACAGUAUUCGACAGUGUAUAUCUAGUCAGCACAGAAUCAAAGAAAAGUGUAUACACCUAUUUAAUAAUGUGAAACACGCAAGCAACUCUAAUAACAUCAAAGGUAAUGCAAGCACAAGAACUGUCAAUGAGCCAACAGCUCAUUUUAUGCCAGUGUCUAGUGAGGAGAUAGAUGCCUUUAUUAAAUCUGUUGAUACGAGUAGUUUAGAUGAAAUUUCAAAGAAAAUUCAUGACGAACAUGUACGAGCACUAAAGAACAGACAUGAUGAAUAUACAGACCCACAAACAGGCUACAGGGUGAUGACAAGGCUAGCACAUUUGAGAAGAGGGCAUUGUUGUGGCAGUGCUUGCCGUCAUUGCCCUUACAACCAUGAAAAAGUGAAAGAGAAGAAUAAAAAAUACUUCAAUUCUGCUUUCUUUGAUGUGGUAAAGAAGUAAUAACUCUACUUGGAAAGACUGUUGAUUUUGAUCAAACAACAAUGAGGAAAUGUUUAUGACCUAAACUAUAUUAGUUUGUGUCUCCUAACAUGGGAAAAAAUAGUUGCGACUCUAAUCAUGUGAGAUUUUUGUCUGGUGAGGUGUGAGAAGUUGAUAGUAAGGACCUUGUUCAAUCUGUCAGUUGUCUAGAUCAGUGUCAGAAUCUAGCUAGUUUUAUCAUUGCUUUAGGUCAGUUGGUCAGUUGUCUAGAUCCAGUGUCAGACUUUAAUUCUGUACACAUUUUAGUAAACUAUAGGUCAACUGUAUAGAUCCCAGUGUCAGAAUCUAGCUAGUUUUAUCACUGCUUUAGGUCAGUUGUCUAGAUCCUAGUGUCAGACUUUAAUUCUGUAAACAUUUUAGUAGGUCAACUGUAUAGAUCCUAGUGUCAGAAUCUAGCUAGUUUUAUCACUGCUUUAGGUCAGUUGUCUAGAUCCUAGUGUCAGAAUUUAAUUCUGUAAAUAUUUUAGUAAACUAUAGGUCAACUGUAUAGAUCCUAGUGUCAGAAUUUAAUUCUGUAAACAUUUUAGUAAACUAUAGGUCAACUGUAUAGAUCCUAGUGUCAGAAUUUAAUUCUGUAAACAUUUUAGUAAACUAUAGGUCAACUGUAUAGAUCCUAGUGUCAGAAUCUAGCUAGUUUUUAUCACUGCUUUAGGUCAGUUGUCUAGAUCCUAGUGUCAGAAUUUAAUUCUGUAAAUAUUUUAGUAAACUAUAGGUCAACUGUAUAGAUCCUAGUGUCAGAAUUUAAUUCUGUAAACAUUUUAGUAAACUAUAGGUCAACUGUAUAGAUCCUAGUGUCAGAAUCUAGCUAGUUUUAUCACUGUUCUAGGUCAGUUGUCUAGAUCCUAGUGUCAGACUUUAAUUCUGUAAACAUUUUAGUGAACUAUAGUUCAGUUGUAUAGAUCCUAGUGUCAGAAUCUAGCUAGUUUUAUCACUGCUUUAGGUCAGUUGUCUAGAUCCAGUGUCAGAAUCUAGCUAGUUUUAUAACUGUUCUAGGUCAGUUGUCUGAAUCAAAUUCUGUACACAUUUUGUUAAAAAGAAACAUUACUAAACAACAGCACCUAGUUAUAAAUUUCUUGUGAUUUGAGAUUUGUUAUCAAUGGUUUCCCUACUUAAGAGACCACUAGUGCCAUAUAAUUGUCAUUUUGGCUAAGACUAAGAGACUACAUAUUAAGACUUAAAGUAUACAUGUUAUAGCUACCAGUAAUUAUGCUGGAUACCGGCCAAAACCGGUAACAAGAAAAAAAUUAUCUAUAAAUUUCAUAUCAAAAUAUUAAGCUGACUUUUUACCUACAUUUUAAAACUUCACUUAAGAAUUCUCACUGACUGUAUUUGUAUAGUUAUGUAAUUUUUGGUUUUAAAAUAGUGGAAUAAAGUUAUGAGUGCAAUUACAAAGACAAAUAUUUAUGAUAAUUAUGUGGUUCCCUAGUUGCUUGUCUUUCAAUGCACAAAUCUUAGUAAAUUCACAUGUUGUAGUAACUGUAUUCAGCUACUCUACUGUAUGUGUGAAUUCCUUUACUAUGUGAUUUUAAGUAUUUUAUUGAAUUUUUAUUUAUUUUAGAAAUUAUUAUAAUAAAUGGC